GAGCAAGUCACCUCAGCAGUCACCACGUACACCAAAGCCAUCCCAUUCCCAUUCCCAUUCCCAUUCUUUCCCCUUUCUCUCUCUAUUCUCUAUCUCUGAUUCCAUGUUUCGCAUUAUCCUCCUCUUCCGCUUCUAGCACCUUCCUCUGCCUCUUCUUCAUCACUAUCUUCAUCACUAUCUUCAUCUUCCUCUUCACCGCUCCUUAAAUUCCCUGGAUCAAUCAUGUGUGACAAAGGGGGGAAAUCAUGUCCGAUAUGCACUGAGGAGAUGGACCUGACUGAUCAGCAGCUGAAACCAUGCAAAUGCGGCUAUGAGAUCUGUGUCUGGUGUUGGCACCACAUUAUGGAAAUGUCAGAAAAGGAUGGGACUGGUGGUCGUUGUCCAGCUUGCCGUGUGCCUUAUGACAAAGAACGUAUUGUGGCAAUGGCAGCAAAUUGUCAAAGGUUGGUUGCUGAAAUGAAUUCAAAGCAUAGAAAGAAAAUGCAGAAGUUGAAGUCCAAAUCGACUGAAGGAAGGAAACAUCUUACUGAUGUUAGAGUUAUUCAACGGAACCUAGUGUACAUAAUUGGGUUGGCUCUUAACCUUGCAGAUGAAGAUCUACUUCAACGCAAGGAGUAUUUUGGCAGGUAUGGAAAAGUUAUGAAAGUGUCAAUUUCUCGGACAGCUUCGGGCAUAAUCCAACAUUCUGCAAACAACAGCUGCUGUGUGUAUAUAACGUACUCAAAAGAAGCAGAAGCAAUUCGGUGUAUUCAAUCAGUGCAUUGUUUUGUAUUAGAAGGUAGACCCUUGAGGGCUUGUUUUGGAACCACAAAGUAUUGCCAUGCAUGGUUGAGAAAUGUGCCUUGCAGCAACAGAGAUUGCUUAUAUCUGCAUGAUUAUGGCUCUCAAGAAGAUAGCUUUACCAAAGAUGAGCUAGUAUUAGCAUUUGCAAGGAGUAGAGUCCAACAAAUUAUUGGGGCUACAAAUAAUUUGCAUCGGCGCUCGGGGUGUGUUUUACCUCCCACAGAAGAUGAUCCCAGACACAUGUCAUCAACCUCCAAACUAAUUUCGAAAAGCUCUUUAGAUAAAAUCGAGAACCAGAUAAAGGCAUCUUGUUCAGGUAGCGGGACCAUGACUUCACCUGCACCUCCUGCUGUGACUUCCUGGGUCAUGCGUGUUUCGGGUUCUCUUCCACCUGAUACAAACUCAUCGUUCCCUGGACAAUCAGCGGAAGCUGGAAAAAACCCAGAAGUCCAUUCUGGUGGUAUGUUUGUACCUACAGAGAUGGACAAGCAUCAUAAUAGUGGAAAUUCUCAGAAAUCUUUUGUAGAUAGUGAUCAAGAUAUGGUACCUUCUGCUGCAAACUCAGGCUUUCUAAAUCUCUCCAAAUCACAAUGUGAUUUUAAUAUUGACAAAUCAGUUGGCCUUGAUUCAAAUCGGGAUGUAGAAGGCUUAUGUUCAGAUUUGUCAUCGAUAAGCUUGAAUAAUCACGUGGAAGAUCCAUAUUCUGUUCCUGAUUCAGACAGAUUACUGUAUAUGCAUGGCUCAAAUAAUUCAUCUCUUGGGAAGCAUUUGCAGCAAGAUAAUGAGUAUCCUGAAGAACAUUCAACCACUCCAGCUUUUUGGGAAGAUGUUGUGGAUGAUGUGCUGAACUUGGAUUAUGAACAAUCAAAGUUCAGCAAAGGCGUCAAUCAUCUUUCUACAGGGAUCUGUUCGCCUUAUCUCCAUAAGAAUGCAGGCCGGUCAAGCCAUCAUCUCUGGCAACAAGAUCAAAAUUGUCAUGAACAUGACUUGGGCAAGCCUUCUGAAUCUUUUAAUGAUGCCUUACAGACAGGAUUUGAAGAGCAUGUAGGGGAUAAAGAAAAUGUUAAUAAGGUAACUUCAGAUAUGGGGGAAAGCAGCAUUAUAUCUAAUAUUUUGUCUUUAGAUUUGGAUGCGUGGGAAGACUCAUUAGUUAAGUUGUUGGAGGAAAAUGAAGAACCAAGCAAAGCCCUUAAGUCACCAAAUUUGUGGAGAAGUCAAGACAAAAAUCAGUCAAGGUUUUCCUUUGCAAGACAAGAUGCACUUGUGGAUGACUCAUCUGAUUUGGACCAAUUGAUUGGAAUUACUAGGCAUGUUUCCAGAGGGAAUGUUGAAUCAGAUGCUUUAAUGGAAAACAAGGAUAUGUGGAGAUACUCGAAUAACACUGUCAAUGGGAAACACCCGUGUUCUGUGCCGUCGAUCAAUUAUGCACUACCAGAUAAAUUUCUUGGAAUGUCAAAGGCUCAUGCUUCCAGCCCACCGGGAUUUUCAUUGUCCAGCAGAGUACCUCCUGGCUUUUCAGGUGGGGGAGUAGAAUAUAAUUCUAGUAUUCAUGGGAAACACUUGUCGCAACAGCAUGUUCUUGCAUCUGGAGAUAUCGGAAAGGUUGGAGAUGUUCAAUUUAAUGAUCUUGCAUUAUUGGAAAUUGGUAAGGGGAUGCUAACAGAAAGGGUAAAUAAUGCAUCUCUUGACAUGAUGCGGACUUCGUUUCCACAAUUUAGCCCUGGUGAAGAUGAUCCUAGACUCAAGAUGUUAAUGCACCAAUCCGCACCUUUACAGAAUUUAAAUGUUACAGAUCAUGCAGGAAAUAUAUUUUCUCCACAAAAUGAUGCAUAUAGAAUUUCUUCAAGGUUUCUUGAUCAAUUUCCAGCUAACAAUCCAUCGAUUUACGAACAGAUACAUUCUCAACAGUUCAGCAAUAAUGGUCUUUCAUCAAAUAGCCAGUGGGGUGGUUGGCAUGAUGCCAGGAACUUUAAUGACCUGCCUAUGCCGCAAGUAUUGAAUAAUGAGAGAAAGAGGUUUAACAAUUCCAUGCCUAGCUAUUAGAGUAUCAAGCUUUUGAUCCCUCGACUGUUUUUCUUCCAGAAGAGGAUUCACAGUGUUGAUCUUUCUCCAACUUUAAUGGGCAUUCAGGCAUCUGUCAAUGUAGGUUUCACCUGUCUAAAAAACCUAGAGAUUCCUUGAUCAAUGAUGAAAUUGUCUGCUGGGAUUUCUUUGAGGUCAUCCACAUCUCAGUUCUGUGAGAAUUCGGGUACCCUUAAUUUCAUUAAACUCUUGGCUAUCAAGUGCACAGUGGUAAAUGCUAACAGCUGUUUCUUCGUUGCUUAACUUGCAACUUUGGAAUAGGGCUCUGAUUGCAACAUAAUUGGCCAGUGGCUGGCGUAAAUGGUCUCAAUUUUUCCCUCUUUUUUGGUAAACAACGUCGGCAUGAACUUGGCUUGGAGGUUGUUAUGGUAGGUUUUAAGUCCAUCGGGUUGAUGAGGCUUUUGAUAUAACAAUUGGUAUAUAUCUGUGUGAAGCAGGACCAAACGUAAACAGCUAAAAACCUGUACUUAAUCUGAUAAAAAUCUAACCUUUCUGUUUCCCUUAAGUUUUAUGAUUUUCUUAUAUUCCUUCGAACAA